AUGGUGCAACCCUCUGCACAAAAAAAGCUCCAUCUCGUCGGCGUGGGUGUCACCCACUCCAUCGCCCCAGGCAUGCACACCCAUAUCGCCAAAUCCCUCCACCUUCCCUGGACAUUUCACGCAACAGAAUGCCCGACCCUCGCCGAUGUCCUGACACUAGCAGAAUCUCCUGCUACAGCCGGCCUCGUGGUCACAAUGCCGUACAAAAACAGCAUCAUUCCACACCUUGACGAGCCGGAUGAUCUGGCCGCCAUGAUCGGCGCAUGCAAUAACGUCUACUACCGUACGAACGGGGCUGACCGUCGCCUCUGCGGCACAAAUACUGAUUGGCUGGGUAUUAAGGGCUGUCUCCUGGAAAAAGAAGGACAGGGCCAGCGGCCGUCUGCUACCUCUACAGGGUGCGCGCUGAUUGUCGGAGCAGGGGGCGCGAGCCGUGCGGCUGUCUAUGCGCUUGCCGUGCAUUUGAAUUGUCCGACUAUCUACAUUCUGAACCGGGAUGAGGGGGAGGUGGAUGCUCUCAUCGCGGAUACGCAGAGAUUGCCUGUUACCCCUUCCAUAACCCAUGUCAAGAGUAUUGAGCAGGCGGGUGCGCUGGCUACUCCGUACUAUGUAGUCGGGACAGUGCCGGAUGACGAGCCGAAGACUGAGCCUGAGCGUGCUGUGGCUGAGAUACUCGAAUCGUUCCUGGCUCGGGGAGAGAAGGGGGUGCUAUUGGACAUGUGUUUCAAGCCGCGCAGGACUAGGAUGAUUCGACUGGCUGAGCGGCUAGGAUGGCCGUGUGUGGAGGGCACGCAUGUAAUCAUGUAUCAGAUAGAGGAGCAGUGGCGCUUGUGGGCUGGCGAGGAGAAUGUAAUGAAUCUAGAUCGAAAGGGGGCUUGGGACGUGCUGUUGAAGGCUGCCGAGGAGAGUACGGCGAUCAAUUAG